UUCAGUGGAAAAAUAAUUAUUUCCGUUUGAGUCGCCGAAUAGCUUGAUUGUGUUUUUCUUUUGCAGGACGGAGUAAUAAAUAUAUAUAAGUGGAGUUAAAGAAAUUGUAACACCAUUUGAUUAACGCCUGUUUAAAGAACGAAAUACGUACAGAAUAAUGGUCGGCUCAAGAGUUUAUGUCGGUGGAUUACCGUAUGGAGUUCGUGAAAGAGAUUUGGAGCGGUUUUUUAAAGGUUAUGGACGAACGCGCGAUAUCUUAAUAAAGAAUGGCUAUGGCUUCGUUGAAUUUGAAGACUACAGAGAUGCGGACGAUGCAGUUUAUGAGCUAAAUGGGAAAGAGUUACUAGGGGAAAGAGUGGUUGUUGAACCGGCAAGAGGUACAGCUCGUGGCAGUCAUAGAGACCGAUAUGAUGAUCGAUACGGAGGUCGCCGUGGUGGAGGUGGUCGUUAUAAUGACAAAAACAAAAAUUCCAGAUCAUCUUCUCGUUAUGGGCCGCCGCUACGUACCGAGUACCGCCUGAUUGUGGAGAAUUUGUCAAGCCGCGUGAGUUGGCAGGAUUUGAAAGACUAUAUGAGACAAGCUGGAGAAGUUACCUACGCGGAUGCACACAAGCAGCGACGCAAUGAAGGUGUUGUGGAAUUCGCUUCAUUAUCGGAUAUGAAGACUGCUAUUGAGAAGUUGGACGAUACUGAGUUGAAUGGCCGUCGUAUACGUUUGGUUGAAGAUCGCCGUGGCGGACGUAGUGGUGGAGGGCGCGGUAGGUCUCGUUCGUCAAGUUCUCGUUCGCGGUCUCGCUCUCGCAGACGUUCACGCUCCAGGUCCCGCCGAUCAUCGCGCUCACGCUCAAAGUCUCGCAGUCGCUCCAAAUCACGUGGGGCACGUUCAAAGUCUAAAUCUCCAGUAAAAUCACGUUCGCGGUCUCGCUCUAACAAAUCAAGAGAGCUAUCAAAGUCUAAAUCUAAGUCACGGUCUCACUCGCGUUCACGCUCUCCUAAACGUGAUUCGCGUUCACGUUCUCGGUCAAAUUCAAAACGCGAGUCACGCUCCCGCUCUCGAUCUAAGUCACGGAGAGAUUCUCGUUCACGCGACCGCUCCGCAUCACCGGACAACAAAUCACGUUCCCGUUCGCGGUCAGCUUCUCCAAAAAAUGGAAAUGCCUCACCUGACAGAAAUGAGAGUAUGGACGAUUAGACAUACUUUUAACAUUUUCAAGUAACCACUACUAUUAUUAUUCCCCUUCACCCGACAACCUUUACUAAACUUUUCAACUAUGAGUAUGUAACGUUUAUGUAUGAAAUUAUGUAUAUGUAGUUUGCCACAUAAAAUAUUAAAAUAAACUAAACUGUAAUUGUAAUUUAUUACUUCGGUUUAUUUAAAAAAAUAUAAACCAAAUAUUGCUUGAAAUUAAUAAUUUCGCCGUUUAGUUGGUACUCGAUGUGUAUAAAAUAAUGCGAGCAAAUUAAUUUGUUAACCUUCACGUAGAUCAGAUGAGAUAUUUCUAAAAUGAAGUUCGAAAUAAUUAAAUUUGUUUACCCGGAUUAGAUUAAAGGCGCCUAAUUGAUACAUAUGUACGCAUUCCUCUGUUAUGUAAGACCAUGGUAUAAAAGCAAUCGGCAUUGACAACAAUGUUUUUUUAUAUGAAAUAAAAUUCUCUAAUUCUAUGUAAUAAUACUAUGGGAAAAAUAUAUAACUUAAUAAAUUUCUUUUGAAUAUAA